UUUAGCAGCGUGCUGUUUAGAGUGUGGUCUGGGUGGUUAUUGCUGUAUUUAUUUUUAAUACUUUUAUUUAAAACUUGGGCAGAAAGGUAUUUUCCCCACAUAUAAAUAUGAGCGUGUCAAUGCCACAGAAACGUUACUACAGACAACGAGCCCAUUCCAAUCCCAUGGCUGAUCACACCUUUGACUAUCCGCUGUGCCCAGAAGAGAUGGACUGGUCUCAGCUCUACCCGGAGUUUUUCAGUGGUCCUGGAAACGCCGGCGCACAAGCAGGCGCUCGUGUGGAGUUUGCUGAUAUCGGAUGCGGUUACGGUGGACUUCUUGUGGAGCUCUCCCCGCUCUUCCCCAAGCAGCUGAUUCUGGGCCUGGAAAUUCGAGUCAAGGUCUCAGAUUAUGUUCAGGACCGGAUCCGCUCGCUCCGUGCAGCAGAACCUGGUCGGUACCAGAACAUCGCCUGUCUGCGGAGCAAUGCUAUGAAGUACCUGCCCAACUUCUUUUCUAAGGGACAGCUCAGUAAGAUGUUCUUCCUGUUCCCGGACCCUCAUUUCAAAAAGACAAAGCACAAGUGGAGGAUCAUCAGCUCCACGCUGCUAGCGGAGUACGCUUACACGCUACGAGUCGGGGCUUUGGUGUACACCAUGACCGACGUGGAGGAGGUGCACCUGUGGAUGGUGAAGCACUUCACCGAACACCCCCUCUUUACCAGGGUCAUGGAGGAAGAGCUGGCCGAUGACAUCAUCGUGAGCCGUCUCGGCACAUGCACGGAGGAGGGCAAGAAGGUGCAGAGGAACGGCGGGAAGAACCAUCUCGCCGUCUUCCGAAGGGUGGAGGACUAAACUGUGCCGUUUCGCGUAGGAGGACUGUGGGGCUCCACUGACAACGGGGACCGUCAGGGACAGAGAGAAACCAAGGGGACAAAGUUGUGUCUUCAGUUGUGUCCAGCCUUUUGAUAUUGAGCUCCUGGUUGCAUGGAAGCAAAGGGCAUGCAGGUCACUCCUGCACAUCACUGCACAUUACUGCACAUCACUACCGCAGCAGGCAGAUGAGCUACUCUAACCGAGGAAUGUGCUGAGAAGAAUGUGUCAUUUUAUGUUUUAUUUAAGUUUGUUGGCCCUAGUUUUUUAUUUGAAAGGAGUUUUUGUUUUUUUCCCCCUGCAGGUAACGCAGGUCUUAAUUAACCUUAUAUCAACAUUUUACUGCCCCCCCUGCCUUUCAUCUGCGGCACUCUGAGCAGUUAUGCAAAUCUCUGUUCUGACUUGACACCCAGCGAGCGGGAAGAGUUUUGGUUCGCGGCUUUUAAUGUUUUUGGCUGGAGCGUGGCUAUGGGGCUCCCCCCAGGGCGGGUGCGGGGCUGCGUCGCCAUUGCUCUGCCUGUGGGGGUGUCGACUCUAUGUGCCUGGGCCCCACCCCCUCUGUGUGGGCGGAGGCCAUUUCCGUCACUGUGCCAAUGGACACCAGCACCAGCAGUGCGUGUUAAGUACUUAGGGCUGCAAUGCCAGUUCUCCAUUAUCCUCUCCCAGCAAAGACAUUUGAUGUUUUCCGUCAUUCUGGGAUCUCUAUGCAGGUUUCAGCAGGUUGUGGUUUUUGCUGCUGCAGUAUCAGUGCAGUUGGACUCAGAGUUCAUGUCUACAGCGCUUCUUACCCAACAUGUGGAGUCCUUAGGUGCUUUUCAAUAUUAACAUUUUAAUUUUUGUUUUGGCGUGAAGCACUGAGGUACUUAAUCAUGGAAUAAUGCUAGUUAUAAUAUUACUAGAAAAUAGUGAAGAACCCCCCCCCCCCCUCCCAUAUAUUACACUUCAAAUGUACUGAAAAUUCAAUAUGGCCUUCAGGAUUUGGUUGGUUCCUUGUGGUUUUGUUUGUAAAUGAAUCACUGCAUUGCUGCAGACGUCGUGGCCGAUACAUUCCGGCCUUCGCAGUUUAAAGUGUCUCUCUGGCUGAAUUCACCCACUGCAGACCUGAAUGAUCACAUCUGUCCCAGUAAAGGGCUUCGUUUAGCCUGCAGGAAUUGCAGACUGGGGCAAGACCACACGUGUAUUCAAAGAAGAAACAGAAGUCGAGAUAUUAGAGUGCUUUUGUUUUAAAAAUAUAUUAAAAUAAAAGGAUCAUUGUUUCAAAGCGUUA